UAUCUUUGAGCUCACUUUCACACACACACUUGUCGAUUCUAGAAAUUCAGUGCGAUUUGUAGACCUUAUGAUCGAAUUGAAGAUGCUUCUUCACACUGUAUCUUCAUCUUCUCCUCCCAUUCAUUCUCAGAUCCUCCCUUCACUCAAGCUCUCGCCCAAAAAGAUUUCUUUUCAGAUACAUGGAAGUGUCAACUUGCCUGGAGAAUUUGUUGCUAGAGGCUUACCGGUUCUAAACAAAGCUUCCUUGAAGAAGAUGCAUGUAAAGGGCACUACAUUCGUGAUGGGCCAAAGCUUGUUGAUCAUCUCUGCUGCUAACCCACAGUUGGCAGCAGCAGCAGCAGAAACUAUUAUUAAGCCAGAACCUGUUUACGAAGUUGGAGAGUUGUUUGAACUAAGUAUUCAGCUUUCUUACUUGUUGUUACUACUUGGUUUGCUCGGGGUUGGUACUUUCUAUGUGAUUCGUCAAGUACUUGUCCGCAGAGAGCUUGACCUCUCCGCCAAAGAACUACAGGAACAAGUUAGGAGCGGGGAUGCAAGUGCAACAGAGCUCUUUGAGCUAGGUGCAGUGAUGCUGAGACGGAAGUUUUAUCCUGCAGCCAACAAGUUCUUGCUUCAAGCCAUCCAGAAAUGGGACGGUGAUGACCAGGAUCUUGCUCAGGUCUAUAACGCUCUUGGAGUGAGUUAUGUUCGAGAGGAGAAACUAGAAAAAGGAAUCGCUCAGUUCGAAAUGGCUGUGAAACUGCAACCUGGUUAUGUAACGGCUUGGAACAACCUUGGAGAUGCUUAUGAGCAGAAAAAAGAGCUUCCUUUGGCGUUGAAAGCGUUUGAAGAGGUCCUGCUGUUUGAUCCCAACAAUAAGGUGGCUCGGCCUAGACGGGAUGCGUUGAAGGAUCGUGUUAAGCUCUACAAAGACGUUGUGGCUGUUAAGUCCAAAAAACGGUGACCAGGAAAGCCAAGGCGCGGACUCAAACCAACAAUCGUUCUUCUCUCUCCUUCGUUUUUGUUUCUUGUGUAAUUUGUAAGGAGAUUUUAUGUUAAUAUGAAAAUGAAAUUUUUAGACA